AUGGAUCCCUCUACGACGCGAAUUAAGAUAGAGCGCCUACGCGAACACUACGUUCGCAAAUACGCUGAGCAAUGCAACGAACUGCUCAAGGAGCAUAGGGCUGAAUAUGCUGCUGAAGCCUCUCUUCUCUUGCAAGGGUCGUCUACGACUAUGUGCACUAAGGCCAUGAACGUGCAACAGGCCGAUGAGAUUGAGCGAACCGGCUUCGACAGCAGCCCCAUAUCGGAGCUUACACCGACUUUGAGGAGCGUCUUUGGACACCAGCAUCUAUAUCCCGUGCAGGAGCAGGCGAUCAAGGCAAGCAUGGCGGGACACGACGUUCUCCUCGUCACGGCGACUGGAGGAGGCAAGUCCUUGACCUAUCAGCUGCCUGCGAUCCUGCGUCCCGGUUGCACCUUGGUCAUCUCGCCAACAAUAUCUCUCGUUCUCGACCAGCUCCACAUCGCCCAGAGGCUUCAAAUCGAAGCCGUCGGAUUGGCGUCGACAACACCGGUCGAAGAAAUUCGGACUAUCAAAGCGCGUCUUCGAGCCAUGGCUGACCAUACCUUACCCAAGCACGUACCGCCUAUCAAGAUUUGUUACGCGACGCCCGAGCGGGUCGACGUGGACGAGUCUCUGAAGACCAUCCUUUCGGCACUCGCACAAAACAAUUUACUGGCGCGUAUCGUUAUCGACGAGGCCCACUGCGUCGCUGACAUGGGCCACAAAUUCCGCGCAUCUUACUCGAAGUUGGACAAGCUACGCGACCUAUGCCCCGAUGUUCCCGUUCUCUGCCUGACUGCAACGUGCACGCGCAAGUCUUGGUCAGAAAUCUCGAGGGUGCUGAAGCUUGGCCCUAUUUGUGACGUGGCAACGCCCUCACGCACAUUGUUUCUCUCGGCACCCCUGGAACGCCCCAAUCUGCUCUAUCGCGUGAUCCCCAAGCCGCGGCUGGACAAACAACUACCGGAGGUCAUGGCGCACUUCAUACUCGACAACUACCUAGGGCAAUCCGGGAUCAUCUACUGCCCUACGAAAGCCUGGGCUGUCACGGUACGAAAGGGCCUCGCGCGCUACAGUGGUGGGCGCAUCAAGGCAUCGUUCUUUCACAGUGAGGUGGAAACCGGUAAGAAGAAGCAGAGGUACGAGAGGUGGAUGCGGGGGGAUAUACAUGUGAUGUGCGCAACUUCGGCUUUCGGCCUCGGGAUCAACAAGCGCGACGUGCGCUUUGUGAUGCACCAUACGCCGACUCUCGAGCAGUACUUCCAAGAGUCCGGCCGCGCGGGACGUGACAACCUGCCUUCCGCCUGCAUCCUGUAUCACAAGGCACAAGACGCCGCUAACGCAGCUGCACUGAUCAAGACUGGGCUGUCCGGUGUUGAUGAUCUGAGAGGGAUGCUGCGGUACGCGCAAGAUCUCGUUACUUGCCGCCAGCGCCUACUUGCCCAGUACUUCCUCGAUGCGGGCGUACAGACACAAGCGGGGGCUCGAUCAUCGGGACAGUCGCUACCUGACGCUGAGUGUGGCCGAUGCGACAAUUGCACGCGCGCGAGAGGCGUUGUUCAGCAACGCAGCGUCGCGGGAGAUGCGUGGCUGAUUCUGCAUGUUCUGCAUGAGAUUCACGCGCAGGGACAGAAAGUAACCAUCAAAGGACUCGCCGAGCUUUCCAGGGGGAUGGUCAGGACGAACAAAGUUGCGCUCGUUGGAAUGAAGCGGAAACGAAGCGGGACUGACGAGAGGCUUGCGAUCGUCGAUUUGCGCGCCCUUGGGGGCGCUGUUUCUCCGUGCCUCAAUCAAGAGGAUUGUGAGCGAUUGAUUGUACAACUCUUCGUCGACGGUUAUCUGGAUGGCUUCCUGUAUACCACGACGUUCAAGAAGAUCCGCAACCAGUACCUGUACAUGAAACUAGGGCCGCUCGCGGAGAGGCUCAUGGUGCGCUCCUCGCGGGAGGACCUCACCGACAUUCAGAUCAUGCAGCGAUAUGUGGUCGAUGCUGGGCGCAGGCGCGUGAGGCAGAGAACUACUGAGGUGCCGAUCAGCACUGGCACCGCUGAGGAGAGCUUUGAUGAGGUGGUCAGUCAGGACGAAACGGAAGACGAAGCCAUAGUGAUGGCUAUGGUGAUUGAAGAUGAGGAUGAGGACGUGAUGGCAAGCUUUUCCUGGUCGGAUACAUUGCAGGCAUUCACGAGCUGUGUUCCCUGCUUGCGCCCUGGGACGCCUGCUGAGGACGAUAACCCCCACGAUCCCACUCGCAACCGCGUCCGACGCGCUCGACCUGACGAACUGGAGUCCCUGCUUGCCGAUGCAGACUCGACGGACACGGAGGCGGAGACCCUGUCUCUCCAUUCCAAUCCCGGUGAAGGGCGUAGGCGCCGGAAGAAGAGGAGAGCACGCAACAUCACCCUCUGCGGCGUCGAUCUCUUCGGAAAGCGACGCCAGGCUAUCCAGCUGCCUGAGGACGAUGGCGCCCUCUUCGAUCCCCGACGUUCGUCCACCACCACCAGUGCUACAUUCGACUCGGACGCUGCUUCCCUCGACCCCAGCGACCUCACGCACAUCAGCCCCGCCGAGCUUGAGCGGCGUGCGCUCGAAGAGGAGGAGCGCCGUCAGAAGGAGGAGCGUCGCAAGCGCCGACGCGAACGCCGCGAAAUGCGCCGCGUAGCGGAGGCGAUCGCGGCGGGCGAGCUGCACGACGGGGACGUGCCUGGCUAUGAAGGCUACGUGGAUACGCAGCCCGCGCCGGCUGCGCGCAUGUCCGCAUCCCGACGGCUAUCCGUAGACGCGUUCGGGCCGUUCCAGCAGGCGCCGAGCCAGAGCCCGAUCUUGCCCCAGGAUGACGCGGACGAGGCCGACGCGGCUGAUCUGGAUGGCGGGCUGUACGCGGGGCGCCGGCGCGCGCAGGGCGGGUCGAGCGUGUCGGGCUCGCGUUCGGGCGGGUCGGACUCGCGAUCGCGCACGUCGGCGUCGGCAUCGCAGCAAGAUGCCCAGGCGGACCUCCCUCCCCCUCCCAAGCAGAAGCGCAAGAAGUCAAAGUCGGGCAAGGCGUCGAGCUCGAGCAAGUCGAGCCGCUCGCGCGCUUCAGAUACAUCCGCGAGCACGACGCAGUCGCCCUCGCUCGUUUCCCCUCAUGCGCCGUCCUUCACUGGCGCGCUGCCUCUUGUAUACGCCAUCUCCGAGCACCCCGCGUCACCGACGGAGGGCGACUUCGACGGCGUCGUCGGCAUGGGCCUCGACAGCGCGCCCGCGCAGGCGUAUACAAGUGCCGAGCUCAAGCCUAGUGCUGAGCUGAAAUCGGGCGCUGGCGGGCUGCACGUCGACGUGAACGGCCUGACGUCGGCUGGGGCUCUCCCGAGCGCGGCGCUGGCUACUGGGAUGCCGAGCCCUGGGUUGAGGACCGGAAUGCCGAGUCCUGGUUUGGGGGCCGACAUGCCCAGCCCUGGGCUUCCGAGCCCGGGACUGGGAGGCGGGCCGCGCCGUCAGUCGAACGCGCGCGACAUGGGGGCGUUCCUUGCGAGCAAGUGA